AUGUGGUCACCGGAGUACGAUGUUGGUCUUGAAGACAGCUUGUCAGAUGAGGAAUUAUCGAUAUUGCGGCAGUUUUACGAACGAAUGCUCAAGUGUUCACUCGAUGUGUGCAGGUCUAAGCGUUAUCUUAUUCGUUGGUUACGUGCUCGUAAUUGGGAUAUAGACGAAGCAGAGAAUAUGUUAUGUACUCACAUAAAAUGGCGAGAAAUUCAUGAGGUUCAUACAAUCAUUGACCGCUAUACAGUUCCAGAAAUGAUACAAAAAUACUUCCCUGGUGGAUUUUGUGGUGAGGAUAAGGAAGGUUAUCCACUAUAUUGUGCUCCUGUUGGUCGAUUCGAUCCAGGUGGUUUUAUGAAGGCCACUACAAAUACAGAAUUUAUUCAAAGUAGAAUUUAUUUCUUGGAAUACAUUACGCAAAAAAUUUUUUAUGAAAAGUCUAAGGAACAUAACAAAUGCAUUGACCAGUUGACACUUAUAUUGGAUAUGAAAGGUUUAAGCUUGAAACAUAUGCAUCCAUCCUGGAUCCCUGUAUUUUCUGAAAUGAUGACAGUACUGGAAGCAAAUUAUCCUGAAGUUUUGCGGAUCUGUUACCAAACUUACACAAGAAAAGAUUCACGUUUUAAAAUCAGACUACCGACCUGCCUUACUUCAAGCAUUGAUGCUACUGGAUUGCCAGCCUGUUAUGGUGGGAAAAUCACUGAUCCGAAUGGUGAUCCUCAGUGUCCAUCUAGAAUAUCAUGGGGUGGUUCUGUUCAUCCUUCUUUUUUUCGGAAGAAGCUACCAGAUGUUAAACCAACCAUAUCAAAGCAGAAUGAAACCCCUGAAGAGGUGAAGCAUCUUACAGACUGUGGUCAAGCUUUGAGUUUAGCUGAAGUCGGUCCAGCUUCACGUAGAGAUAUUUAUAUUGGAGCGGUUUCAGUUACGGAUGAGAUUAAUUGGUGGGUUUCAUGUGAAGCUCACGAUAUCGCAGUUUGUGUGUUGAUGAAAAAACCUUCUACUGAUAACGAGGAAGUUAUGAAUGAUUCAACUUCAAGUUCAGAACAGUUAAUUGAAGUUGUUCCAGCUAAACGUGUCUCAUCAAAUGAAAAGAUUGUUCAAGGAACGCUUAGGGUUGAAACAGCAGGAAUGUAUGUCCUUUCUUUAGACAAUUCAUAUAGUUGGACAAAAUCGAAACGCUUAUGGUAUCACUUUAGUGUAACUGUAAAAGCAGAAAAAAGUUCACAUAAUUGUACACCAUUUACACCUUUAUCAAUUGAAUUUGACAAUGAACAGUGUAAACAAAUCACUGAUACACUUAUGAAUGAUUUAACUGUAUUACCAAUUCCAAAAGAAAAUUAUUAUGCUUGUCGUAUGGAAACAGGUGGAAGUAUGGAUUUGAAUGUAAGCAUCCUAUUCAGAUUCCUUGUACAAAUAUUCAUUCUACCAAGAAUUAAACAACGUCUUAAUUAAUUCCAUUAUAUAAUCAAAGUAAAAUCUUAUUGAUGGUGAUCAACUAGUUAAUACUACUCUUGACAAGAGGAUACAAUGAGUUGAUCAAUUAACCAGUUAAUUAUUUAGACAGUCAAUUGAUCAUUUAAAGGUUAUAUGAAUCACUACCAAGUGAAAGUCUUUCUUAUCUUCUGCA